UUUCCGUCGCGCCCAGGGAGCCAAGAUGGCGGCGGCGAGCCGGAGUGCUCUUUGGUUGCGGGGCUGGAGCGCGCUCCUCAGGCGGAGCUUUCCAAUCCUGGCUGAUGUGAGGACUCGCUGUGUCUCGGGACUGAGGGGCCCAUGGAGCAAAGUGGCAGCGUUGGGGCUUGGAGUAACGCUCUCUGCCAUUCCUAUUGCACAGAAACACGACCCCAGCUUGCUUAGCAACGAAGCCUUGAUCCGUCGAGCUGUCUCUUUGGUAACGGACAGCACCGGCACCCUGCUGUCUCAGACGACGUAUGCACUAAUAGAUGCUCUCACAGAGUACACGACGGCCGUUUACACGCUGGUGUCCCUGUACCAGAAAUACACGCAUCUCCUUGGGAAGAUGAGCACCAAAGAGGAGGAUGCUGUCUGGCAGGUGAUCAUUGGCGCUAGAGUGGAGGUGACUACAAAGAAGCAGGAGUAUCUGAAGCUGGAGUCCAGGUGGAGGACGGCCUUGCGCCUUUCCGAGAUGGCGGCGGAAGCAGCAUACCAGUCAGGAGCUGAUCAAGCUUCAGUGUCUGCUCAAAACCACAUCCAGCUGGUGAAGACCCAGGUGCAAGAGAUACGGCAGCUGUCGCAGAAGGCGGAGACCAAGCUGGCCGAAGCUCAGACCGAAGAGCUCCUGAAGCUGAAGGAAGAGGAGCCGUUGCAGCCGGCCAGUCAACAGGCGAGUAGCGAGGCGGCUGAGGAAGCCUACCUUCGCGAGGACUGAAGCCUUGUGGACCACCUGCCGUGAGGAUUUCACCACUAGUUCAGUCGCCGGAUGGGGGGGGGGGGGGGGAAAUUGAUGCGCCAAAGUUGAAAAUACUGGGAUUGUGAGGUUACUGGCCAACUUUCCUUUGUUUGUUUGGAUUAAUUAGCUGCAGCCCCCAGACCUUGGGAGUUGGGCCUCUGAUCUGGUGGGAAGCUGUUUAUUUAAAAGCGCAAAUGCGAAAGGAGCGGGUCGCUGCAUUGGCGUUGUCAGAGGUGGAGAACGUGGCCUCGGAACGGCUAAUAGCAGUGACUCAAUAACAUCCGUUGAACUCUCAAAACGCCUGGAGAUAAUUGUAGGUUUCAAGAAACCCAAGAGGGGCAGGGGCUUUUUAUAUCGGAAAACGUUUAAUUGUUUUGUGAAGGGAAUGAGGUCAUGACGGGGAAGGACUGCACCGGAAACUCAAGACUUGAGUGGCGUUUCUUAGCCAGAAAAUCAGUCUGGAAGAUUGAUUUCUCAUUUGUUUGUUUUUUUUUCUAAUUAUGUGAACGCAGACUUAUUUGCACCGAAACCUGUUUUUAAAUAAAAGGCUACAAAAGUUAAUAUUUAA